AUGGAAGUAAAGAAUUCUGACGUGAAACACACAGCAAUUGGUAGAAUUUAUUUAACAGACAAACGAUUAAUUUUCAUUGCAGAUAAAUCUUCAAAGUUGAGUGGAUUUGACACUUUUUAUAUAAUUAUGACGGAUAUCGUUUCCUCAGUUAUGCCUCCAAAAUUUACAACAACAUAUAGAAAAGGUGAAAUAGAAAAAUUGGGAAUGGGGUCUGAAUACAUUAUUAAUUCUUCGUAUUAUAAUGAUGACUAUCAUGAUUCAAUAGUUAGUUCCAAUCCUCCGCCUUAUAAGCCUAAUAAUAAUCCAUCAUCUCAGCAUCUCCUUCAUCAUGUAGAGGAAGAUUUGCCUCCAUAUCAAUAA